GCGGCGGGGGGCAGCGAAGGUGCCCGGCGGGAGGUGCCCGGUGUGUCCCGGUGUCACGGGGCAGCGCCCACGCCAGAGCGACCCCCGGGGCGCCACGGGGGUCUCGGGUCGGGUCGCUGCGGUGGCGCUGCGGCGGCGGCACCAGGAAUCUUUCCCUGCGGAAUGGCUCCUGCCCUCGGGGGAGGGCGCUGUCUCUUUCCCUCUUAGGUGUAAACAAAAAUUAAUUUAUUCCUUUAUAUCAUAUUUUUGUAUGUUUGUAUUUAUUUACUUUAAAACACCCAAAGGAGAUGGAGGAAGAUUGUCAGGCCUUGAUCAGUGCAAAUUAAACCGACUGCAGACACUUCUGCAGGGAUGUUGAAGGGCUGUGAUGAAGGCAUAUGAGUGUAAAGAUUGCUCAGGUGUUUGAAGUCUGUUUCCCUGUUUUACAGGUUUGGGCUUAAUCGUAUCACACUUGAAAAUAUAAAGGCACUUUCAGCAAAUAACAAACUGGUAGCAUUUAAUACGGAAUUAUCAGGGUAUAGCUUCUUGCCAGCUUACUUUCAGCUUUGCCUGUACCUAAUGUUUCUGUAAAUCAUAGGCAGUUUGGUAGUGACUCUGCUUACACCCACGGGUGCCCUCCUCUUAGAAACUCCCAGGACAAAGGUCACAGCCUGCUCUUCCAGACUUCCCUGUGCCAGUGGCAGCUGUGUGCACACUCGUGCAGUGCACUGGCACCUGCUGGGCUUAAUGCUUUACCUGAGACACAACACUGCAGAAGACAAGAUUCAGUUCUUGGUGGACACGAUCCCUUGCCCUGGCAGCAAAGGCAGGAGAAUCAGAGCAGACCUAGUAAAUAAUCCAAGUGUAAUAUAUGUCAGGUACAGAAACAUUGCACUUACUUGAUGAAAAGGAAAAGGAAGUUAUUUUAGAAGGAGAGAAUACAUCAGAAAAACAAGAUGUCUCAUGCUGGGAGUCGAUACCAAGAUAAGCAAUACUGGCACCAUGAGAACCAUAGAUCUGAUAGAUACAAGGAAGACAGAAGAACAAGAAAACCAUACCCAUACAAUGCAAGAGACAUCCGAGGUGGCCAGCACUCAAGGACUACUCCUGUUUGCUCAGACCCUUACUCUAAAACCUCAGGAGCAGCACGGGAGUAUUUUGGCCCACCACCAGAGUUUUAUCCUCCCAAGGAAAGCUUCUCAAUGAAGUGUUCAAAGGUAUGCACAACAAGAGGCAUUUUGAAGUUUGUGGAAAUCACGGUUAACCUCCUGGUGCUGAUUUGCGUGGGCGCUUCCCAAGCCUCCGUUGCAGGCUUCACGUCCCUCGGAGGCUUCGGAUCCUUUAACCUGAAUUCAGCCUACAGCCCCUUUGAGGGCACGGAGCUGCGGGAGGUGAGGGAGCUGGACAUGCAGUUCACCCAGAUGAGAGCCCCUUGCGUGUACGGCGGAGUGGCCUUCAGCUUAACAGCGGCCACGCUCACCCUCGUCUUCCUCGUCGUGGGGGCAAAACCCAUCCAUCAGCUCCGGACAGGGCUGCUGGUAGGUGAAUGUGCCUUCAGCCUGCUGGCUGGCCUGGCGUACCUGGCGGCCGUGGGGCUCUACCUGCACUUCGUCAGGCAGGUGAACGCCACCGAGGUGUGCAGGAGGCGCGAGCGGCUCUACGCACGCCGUGGCUACACCUCCAUGAACUGCGACGUCCAGGGUGGCGACGCGGCCGUCGGCCUCUUCGGGGUCGUCGCUUCCUGCCUGUACUUUGCCAGCUUUGUGCUCUGCAUCCUUGCUAUCCGCACCGUCCGGGCCUUCCAGAGCCAUGUAGCCAAGGCUCAGCACAGCCCCAAGGGCAGCGUUAGAGACAGAAGCGUCAGAGACCACCACGCCGUGCACAGGACCUCUGAAAGCUCCCACAACGUCCAGGCUCUCGCCACGUUAGUGUGAAAUCAGCUCUGGGACUGUGCCAGAGAACUGACGCUUCAGCAAAGGAUGGACACUCGCAAACAGGCAGCCAGCCCACAGUAUAUAUUCCUACAAGGCGCUGAAGUGUGUAUUGAAUCACCAAUUGUAACCAUACUGCUACAACAUGAUGUAAUAAAACUGACAUUGAGUGACUGUUUUAACAAGGAUUUUUACACCGGUCUCUCAGGCUGGACUCCUGCAUUUAAAAUGCGUUUCAUUGUAAUGUUUUCAUCCUGCACAGAGCAAAUCCAAACAGCAGUGGGCUUUUAACAGGUUACAACUGCGUUGCUGCCAAACUUGAGCUAACAACCACUUCCUUUCCCUCUCCCAUGACACAGGGAAUUGAAUACACAGCUAGGAUGGGCAGCUUUCAACAGAUCCUGUGUCUGUAGUGUGUCCUCUUCCUUUAUCCUACAGUGCUUACAAAGCAAAGAACACCCGUGUGCUUCUCUGAAUCCUGUCCGAAGUUACACUUGUAACCUGUUUUGCCUGGGCUAGUGAAGCGUUUUAUCUUUGGAGUCACGGGGGUUUACACAUGCCGAUCAUGUGCUCCCUGAGGAAUGCCGCUGGGGGAAGUAGCUGCAAUGUCAAAGGCAGCAUUCAGGGUCCUUAUCCAGUUUCCUGCUAUGUUUUCCCAUCUCACUGAGCACAGAUCAGAACAUGAGAGGCAUCACACUAGUCAGGUAUCAGCUUAGUAAAGAUACCAUUUGUGUCUGUAAGCACCUAAACGAGGUUUGGCUUGCUGACUCUGCAGGCAGUGGUGGGCAGAGCCUGAAUCAUGAACAUGCUGCCUGCCCUGGGAAUGCUGUAACAAUGACAGAAAGUACAUGUAUCCUUCCAAUAUCUAAACAGGCAAAGCAUGAGUGAACAGCAGUAAUUGUAUGCCCCAGGGUUGAGAAAAUAAAUUUAAGAGAACAUCUUUCAAGAGUCCUUUGUUUGAGGCAGAUGAAAUAGAUCACUGGUCUUCAAAGAUGAGGGAGUGGGAGAAAGAAAAGGCUGUUCUUCAAGUGCAUAAGAUCUGUCAGCUUGAGAGGAGGGAAAGCUCUGGCCAUUUUAAUUCUUUUCAGUUUUGUCUGGCUCACAGUCAUUGCCCAGAUGAGGCUUUUUUGAACCACAGUAGAGCUUAUUUACUGCAUACUUCAUACAUACACAUAUGUAUACACACACACACAGAUCUCAAAGGAUUGUGUUUGAGGCCAAACAAGAAAAUGUUAUGGUUCUGAUUAGAAGUGAUUACUUCUGAGCCUUUACAAUAAGUGUCAUUUGUAUAAUUCCUUAAACAUCUCUUUAAC